CCUUGACUUAGUCCUAAUCGAGAUCCGCCGCAGACUCGGCCAAAGUUUUCAUCCGGGUUUCGUACUCAGACAAAAGCUUACUUAAUCUGGAUAUUGCACAACAAAGCGUAAGUUACCAUAAAAUGGAAUGAAUCACACUGAAUGUUUCUGGCGUUGAUAUCAUAGAAGCGAGUAACUUGGUUUUACCAUGUCUUUCAUCAGAGCUGAGUGUGGUUUGAAGUGUCAAUCGAAACAACAUGCUUCCCAGUUAAAUGCAGCAAUAACAAAAGGAAGUUUUGAAGAAAUCAAAGCUUACUUCCAGACAUGCCAUGUCGCAGGCAAACAAAGUGAUCUUGACGGCAAUUUCCCCCUCCAUGUGGCGGCUGGCUGUGGUAAGUUGGAUGUUGUCCAGUGGCUUCUGGAUGAGAAACAUGUGGAUGUCAAUGCCGUGGACAGAGAAUCAGGAUGGACUGCUUUACACAAGGCUUUGUUCUAUGGUCAUUUGGCUGUAGCAAGGCUUCUCAUUCAGCAUGAAGCAAGCCUCGAGAUACAAGAUCGUGAAGGACUGAGACCUUUCAACUUACAGAGAGAAGAUGAAUUGACCAAAAAGUUAAAAUUUCCUGGAGCACCAAAUGAUGUAUAUGUGUGGGGAGAGAACCACAACAGUACUCUGGGAUUGCCUAUAGACAAGGAAUGUCCCAAACCUACAAUUCUUGAUACAUUCCAACAGCAGCAUAUCACCGUCAAACAGGUGAUUCUGUGUACAUACCACACUGUAUUUCUAAGUCAUUGUGGGCGAGUCUACACUUGUGGCCAUGGAGGAGGUGGACGUCUUGGACUUGGGAAUGAGAAAACCUACCUCACUCCUCAACUGGUGAAUUCUUCAAAGGCAGAGAAAUAUAGUGCCAUUGCAGCUUCUGUCAAUCAUACGGUGAUGAUAACUGAAAGAGGCAAAGUACAUACUUGUGGUUCAAAUGAACAUUUCCAGCUGGGGCAAAAACCUGUGCCAGCAAAUUGCCUUAUUCCUACACUUGUUUGUUUGAAAACCUCUCGUGUGAUAGGAGCCUGUACAGGCCAGUACCACACUGUUGUCUACACCCAUGAUGCUAUCUAUGCUGUUGGUUUCAAUGGAGGACAGUUAGGUCCAAUGAAAGGAGAACAUUAUCAGAAGCAACUCUAUCUACUACUUGAUCUAGUAAAACUUGACCAAACAGUCAAGUGUGUUGAAAGUUCUGAUGCUGCAACUGUCUGCCUCUCUAAAAAUGGGCAUGUUUAUGUUUUCCAUGAAUUCCUGUCUCGGAAAAUCACAUCAGAUUUGAACCUUGCCACAAGAAUCACUUUGACUGGAGGAACCCUGAACUUGGAACAUUUAAAUAUAUCCUCAUCUUCAUCCAAUUCCAGUUUGUUUCCAAAUUCUCACCUUGUUAUUCUAAUAUUUUGUAAAAGUCAAAAAAGGGUUUGUAUCUGGUGGUCUAAUAGUCCCAUCAUAAAAUACUGUCGGUUUGGUUUGUGUGAUUUCAAUGUGAUGGAUAUAUGUUUGAGUAAGUGCAAUAUUGGUGUUGUCACAACUAAAGGAGAAACUUAUAUUGGCAAGUGGAAAAAAGCACAAGUGACUUCCAAAGAAAAAUCUCCUCUGAAGGAGACUCGCGUUCCAUCCAAAGGCAGUUCCCUGAAGAAAGUCAUGAUUGAACACCUUCACAUGAAGCGCCUUCCUUACGUCCAUCGAGCUACACAUCUUGCCAUAAGCCAUGAUGAGAAGAACUUUGUUGUAACCCAAGCUGAUCCUUUUGCAAGUUUAAAAGAUUACACAGCUCAGAGAAAUUCUAGAAUGAUCUCCUCCUUCAGAGAACUACUGGAUGAUAGUGAUGACAUGUCUCUAAUACAUGAUGUACAAAUCAAGUCAGGAUGCAAAUCGUGGUUUGCUCACCGUUACAUUUUAGCACACAACUCAAAGUACUUCCAAGCCUUAAUACUGAUCAAUUCUCCAAAACAAAUAGAUGAUGUUCAACUGAUAUCGAUUCCUUACAUUCACCCUGAUCUCAUCAACCAGAUUUUGCAGUUCGUUUAUACAAAUACCUGUGAUUUGUUAACCGUUGGCAAGCAGUUUAUUUGGAGUGUGGAGCCUCACAUACAUGUGAGCCAGUGUCGGUUCUGUAGAGACAAUCAAAUGAUACAAACUGAAUCCACUGACCCUAUUGAACUCCUUGUGCAUCUGGCAAAAAAGCUUGAACUUAAUGAACUCGUUCAAAGGUUAGAUAAUGUGUGUCUGUAUGAAAAUAAAGUUUACUUCAAGAAGAAAGUGAGAAAGCUUUCAUUCAGUGAACCAAAAUUUGAUCGAUCAGCUUUCUCAGUUUUGUCAGAUGUGACAAUCAAGUGCAGUGACAGUAAGGAUCAGUUCAAAUGUCACAAGUGUAUCCUUGUAGCUCGAUCAGAAUAUUUCAGAAGUAUGUUCUCUUGUGUUUGGAGAGAGACAUCUACAAGUACUUUAACGUUAUCAUUUCCUGCUGAUGUUCUGGAAAUUUUCCUCUGGUACCUCUACAGUAAUAAUAUACCCAAUUUAAACGAUUGUAUCUUACUGCAAGAAAUUCUGGCAAAAGCUGAAGAAACUUUGCUUGUUGAUCUAAAACACCUCUGUGAAAUCCAACUUAUCAGAGCAAUAAAUAUGAAUAAUAUUUUUGACCUUCUGCGAUUUGCCAUGAUAUACAGUGCUGAGAAUCUUCAAAGGACCUGUCUUCAAGGGAUCUGUGAUAAUAUUACUCAUUUUCUGGAAUUAAGAUUGCUUGAUCCAGUUGAAGAAGAAGUAAUGUAUGAGAUUUCCAAGUUUUAUAAGGAAAAUUUAAAAUCUGUGAAACAUCGAGUGAUCACACCAUUUAGUGAAGGCCCUGACAGACAAUACCUAGAACAACUUGCUAAAGACUUUAGCAGCAGUAAACAAGUCACCCCAAAACCUCAAGCCACACCUGUGAUCAAGAACAAAAUUGGAAGGCGCCGUAGUCGUCAUAAAAGUUUUUCCUUCAGUGAAUUAAAGACUCCUGAAGCUGUACAUAACAAUGGAUCUCCACUAAAAGACAGUCUUGUGAAUAAUAAUAAUGAUGAGAAUGGUGAUGAUGACAACAAUAAUGCUAAUAAUAACAACAACAACAACAGUAAAUAUGAUAACAAUAAUGUUGAACAUAUGCAAAAUGAGGCUGGUGCUUUAAAUCACAGUUUUACAGAAUCUACAAGCUGUCAGAAGCCAGCAGCUGCUCGUGACAAAGACAAUCCUUGGAGCCUAAUUUUGUCACCUGUGAAAGUUCCUGACAAAAGUCAAACAGGCUCUACUCGAACGGGCUCUACUCGAACUCCUCCACAACCUCUACCACAUCCACCACCACAAACUGUGAUAAGUCUGACCAACAUCAUGGCAGAACAACAAAGUCAAUUGCCACAGCAAAAGGAGGUAAAGAGUCGGUGCCAGAAUCUAAAAGCAGCAAAGUCUGGGAGCCAUGAAAAUAAUAAAAAUACUUUCAGUUGGGGCUUAACAAGUUGUAGAAAACAGAAACUUUCAGAGGGAUCUAGCUCAAUGGAAGCUACAUCUCCCACCAGCCCUCCUCCUCCUCCAGUAAUUAGUCCCUGGCAGAUAAAGAAGGCUCAAGUCAAAUCCGAUGCUAAUCUUCAACUGGUUGACAUUGUGAAAGAUGAGAUAGAGAAAUCACAGAACCUUUCUAGAACCCGUAAUAAAACCCUCCAUUACAUUCAGAUUGAAGAGAAAGCAAUAACAGACCUCAUGGCAUACUACUUAGACCAGGUAUCUUUUGACGAAACCAUCAGUGUCGAGAGGGAAUAUGUCCAUAUAGAACAGCCAUCGUGGAAUGUAAACCGCAAACUCCGAUACAAUGAGACUCUUCUUUCCUCCCUUCCUCACUCGUAGCUAUUAGCUGUGAGAAAUAUAAACUACAUAUGUAUGUGUGUAUGUAUGUGUGUAUUGACAAACCAUGUGUGUAAUGACAAAAUAAGACAACCUCAAUAUUGUUGGUAAUUGAAGACUAAAUUUCUUAAAUGACACAAGUAAGCAUUCUACAUCUGUGUCAUUUUAUAUAUAUGAUGUUAUAUUAGCUAUAAUCAACACUAAUCCUUCAUGACAAAGUAUAGUAGUGAUAUCAACUUCGAAAUGAACCUGGAUCAAGUAAAGUGUAUAAAAGUGCAACAUAUGCUUUUCAUUUUUACUUAUCUGAGAUGAGUUGUUGCCUUUAAAUUAGCUAAAGGCUUGGCAAAACUGUUAAUGACUGUAUAUAUAUAUUUUUAUUUGUGUAUGUAUGUGUAAAUAAGACAACUUCAAUAUUGUUGGUAAUUGAAAACUAAAUUUAUUAAAUAUAUUUAUGUAUUUAUAUAUA